AUGUUGACUACGCAAGCAAGCGAGUCAUGCAAUGCACAAGUUCGACUUUCUUUGAAACGGAGGCAUGAUUUUGACUUGUAUUUCAUUCACUUAAGUAGUUUGUUGGCUGAAAAAAGACGCAAAGAGACUGAGUCAGACUACAAUGGGAAAAAGUCAUUUCCCCAUAUAAUUUUGGAGCAUAGCUCGAUCCUCCAACAUGCGGCAAAGAUCUUUACUCCUAACCUAUGCAGUUAA